AUGUCCGCCGCCGCCGUCCUCUCUCGCAGCUCCGGCCAGUCCUGCCUGCGCGCCGCUGCUGGCCUUCGCGCUCUGCCCAGGUCGCAGUUGUUCUCCGCACGAUCGGCGCCCGCUAUCUCAGCUCUCGCCCGCUACUAUGCAUCCAAAUCUUUCCCCCCGCACACGGUUGUGAGCAUGCCCGCGCUGUCGCCGACCAUGACUGCCGGCAACAUCGGCGCAUGGCAGAAGAAGCCCGGCGAUGCCAUCGCUCCCGGUGAGGUUCUCGUGGAGAUUGAGACGGACAAGGCGCAGAUGGACUUCGAGUUCCAGGAGGAGGGUACUCUCGCCAAGGUCCUGAGGGACACUGGCUCCAAGGACGUCCCCGUCGGCAGCCCCAUCGCCGUUAUGGUCGAGGAGGGUGCCGACGUCUCCGCCUUCGCUGAUUUCACCGCCGAGGACGCUGGUGGUGACAAGGGCGCCGCUGCCCCGGCCAAGGAGGAGUCCAAGCCGGCUGCUCCCGCUCCUUCUGAGGCUCCCAAGCAGGCCGCCCCCGCUGCCCAGGAGUCUGAGUCUACUGGUGCCCGUCUCCAGCCCGUUCUUGAGCGUGAGCCCAUCGUUUCUCCCGCAGCCAAGAAGCUCGCGCUCGAGAAGGGUGUCCCGAUCAGCCAGGUCAAGGGUACCGGCCCCGCCGGCCGUAUCACCCUGGCCGACGUGGAGAAGUUCCAGGCUGCCGCCCCCGCUGGCGCUCCCGCUGCUUCUUUCGAGGACACUCCCGCCAGCGGCAUGCGCAAGGUCAUUGCCACCCGCAUGGCCGAGUCGCUGCGCGAGAACGCUCACUACUUCGUCUCUUCGUCCAUCUCCGUCAGCAAGCUGCUCAAGCUCCGUGCCGCCCUGAACGCCUCUGCCGAUGGCGCCUACAGGCUGUCUGUCAACGACUUCAUCAUCAAGGCAUGCUCUGUUGCCCUGAAGAAGGUCCCCACGGUCAACUCUUCCUGGAUUGAGGAGAACGGCCAGGCCGUCGUCCGCCAGCACAACAACGUCGACAUCUCGGUCGCUGUUGCCACCCCCACCGGUCUGAUCACCCCCAUUGUCAGGAACGUCACUGGCCUCGGCCUUCAGUCGAUCUCGGCGCAGGUCAAGGACCUGGGCAAGCGCGCCAAGGAGAACAAGCUCAAGCCUGAGGAGUACCAGGGCGGCACCUUCACUGUCUCGAACAUGGGCAUGAACGACGCGGUUGAGCGCUUCACCUCGAUCAUCAACAGCCCCCAGGCUGCUAUCGUCGCCAUCGGCACCACCAAGAAGGUCGCCAUCCCUGCCGAGACCGAGGAGGGUACCGGCAUUGAGUGGGAUGACCAGAUCGUCAUCACUGGUUCGUUCGACCACAGGGUCGUUGAUGGCGCCGUUGGUGGCGAGUACAUGAAGGCUCUCAAGAAGGUCAUUGAGAACCCUCUGGAGCUGCUGCUGUAA